CUUCACUCCCUUCCUCCGCGUGAAUGCAGCGAACCGACGCCUUCCUCGCCCUGUUUGCCUUCAGUGCCCUUCUUGCUCUCACAAAUGCUGCCCCCUCUGUCACGAUUUCGCUUCCGGAGGGCAACGUCACCAACCAGCAGUCUGUCCCCAUCGACUUCCGCUUCUCGGAGCCGGUUCGCCAGUUCAACGACUCGGCAACAUUCAUCGACCUCAAGUGCAAGCAGUGCAGCAUUGAUCUCACCGAGCUACCCGACGGGCGGUCCUUUUCGGCGACGCUGAACAUCGAACACAGCGAGACGGAGGAUGACCUCAUCACCGUCACCCUGACCGACGCUGUCACCGACCUUGCGGGGAACCCCCUCGAGCCUACGAAUGUGACCAUCGCUUUCAGUGAGCAAGGGGCCCGGCCCUGUGCAUCUGGCGGCAGCGAGGGGGCACCAUUUGCAUUUCUGUUUCUCAUGCGUGCCAUGCAGGUGGAGCUAUCGAGAUCGAGCUGCUUUCCGAUCCUGCUCUUCCGCUCUACAAAAAUCAAUACUUCACAAACGGGGCCACAGUCACUGCCAUCCUCCGCUUCGACACUGACGUGGUCGAUGCCGUCAUCAGCUUCCAGAACGGUCUACGACUGAUCGAGCCUGAUGGGACCACGGUGUCUUCACAGACGCCCGUUUUCUCAUCGGAAUACACGGACUGUGGGGAGGCGUCAGCAAAGAAGGCGUGUCUCAAUGUGACGUAUACCGUGCUGACCGAGGGACUGUGGACGGUGGAGCUACCCAAGGACAGCGUUGCUGACAUGGCGGGCAACCAAAAUGACAAAGUAGACAUCGUCUUCUCUGUGGGUAAGUCAGAAGAGCCUGUCUGAGCAAUCUGUUGCUCUGCUGUUCCAUCUUGUUUUCUUGCUCAGAUAGGACAGGUCCGGUGCCGCGGUUCUACUCUCUGCUUUCAGACGUGGGUCUGCCGGACAUGUCCGUCUCAGUCAAUUUCCAGGAGAAGGUCACCGGAGUGACAGUCGAUGAUUUCACCUUCACCGGCCCACUCACGUACACCAAUCUGGCUGUCAAGGAGCGGCUGGACGAGGCAUGGACCUUCUCGUUCGACGCGACGAAUGAGGGGUCGACCACGAUCGGGGUCGUGUGCGCCGGUAGCGAUAUUGUUGAUGUCGCUGGGAAUCCAUGCGUUGACGAUGCAGAGAGCUCCAUCAAUCUCACCUACAGUGAGCCAAUAAAGAAGCAGACAGAAGAGAUAUCACAUCGUGCUAGAUGACGAAGACCGUCUGUGUCUCGCCAUUUGUAAAACAGACUCCAGUAUUCUGACCUUUCUCUGGGAGGGAGGCUGGGACAAGUGGACCAACCAGCAGACAUAUACGCGAAAUGGAACCUUUACAUGGGCUGUCCAGUCGUUCCCGGUGGGCAUCUUCUCUUCUGACGAGGCCACGCUUGUCGACGCCCAGCUGAAUGCCGCGAAAGACGAAGUUGUUUUCACAAUGGACUUCGAUCAGCCUCCAGAGGACACGACGCUAAACGCUACGCUUCUCGUCUAUGGGGACAUUGACGACACUGCCGGGAUCACUCAUCUGGUUGGUGCGCGUACACGAGUGAAGUACGACCCUUGGCCGCCCGAUGCACGCAUUGAGAUCGAAUAUACGGGAGAGGGCAAGGACCCCAAGGACAAGGACUUGCCGUAUUCCGUCUGUCCCCCAAACGACCUGCAACUGCGAUUCUUCUUUUCUGAGGACGUCCGCGACUCGAUCAGCCUCCAAGGUGCAAUCGGCAUCAGCGCUUCGGCGGGCGCCGAAGCCAUCGCCCCCCAAGUGACAAACAACUUAGCGUCACCGCAGGCUGGCGAGUACGCAACAGAGCAUACCUACACUGUGCACCUCGCUCCGGGUAAUGCAAAGGCGAUCAACGGAUUUGUCGACUUCAUUUUACCGGAAGGCUCAGUCUCCGACCGGGCUGGCAAUUCAAACAGAGCAGAAAACAAGACCCUCUUCAUCGGUGAGCAAGGCAGUUUAUUCGUCGAGGAGAGGAAAAACAUGGCUUUCUUUGCACUUAGAUGGUGUUAAUCCUGACUGCGCCUUGUCUCUCCUCGAGCCGGCCUCACCGGAUUCGUUUGUCGUGGAAGCUGUGUCCAGCCUGGCUUGUAGCGAGACUAUCAAAGACUGUCGAGAUCACGCGUUCCUGCUCAUCAUCCUCGACCAGCAGGGCCAGCAGGUUGUCGGCACAGAGACAGAGCUCGGAAUCGGGCAACACGUUGACAGGACGGAGACAGGGGAGAAGCUGCUGGUCAACAGGAAACUGCAUGAGGACCAGCUGCUGAGGGUCAAGAAGAAGGCUUGCCGCGACUAUGCUGGCAACCGGGGACCAGCGGCCAAUAUAGAAGUGGUCAUACCGAAGCUCCCUCCAGGGGCGACCCUCCCUCCAGCAAGUGGGCGAGAGCACUUUUGUCCACGACCAUUUUUGCCUCAUUGCGCUCGCGUCUCCAUUUAGACACCUUCAGUCUGGUGAAGAACCUUACUGGGCCUGGUGGGAGAACUGACGUCUUCGACAUUGAUAUGGAAACUGUAGGUUUUCCAAGAAGCGAGACAUGUGUUCACGUCUGCGUUGCUUGUGUUUUGAAGGUUACGGAUGAUAUCGAUGCCAUAAGUGACCCGGACGGCAUUGCGGAAAGCGAGAUCACCCGAAGUGCAGAUGUGCUGUUCGAAGACCUCCCCCCUGAUCUGGGCAGCGCAUUCAGCCUUCACACACACAAGCUAUAUGCUGCAGUCACACUGGUACGCAAGGGAACGGGCCGAAGUCCCAGCCAUGGAGAUGACUGCAUUUGAAUCAGGCAAGCACAGCUAAAUACAGGCCGGAUGAAAUUCCUGAAGGCCGGCCGCGACCCACAGGAUCGAUAGGCAAAGGCGAAGAGGAUGGUGAUCCUGUCUAUAUCAUGGCUCGAGACCUCUUCAGCUCGCUCAUUCAGGUAUGCACUCAUGCACACAUCGAUACCCAGAGCGUCGCAUGCAUGUCAGGCGUAUCGGCUGCGCACGGCGAGCUUGACGGAGGUCCCCAUAUCCUCGGCUGAAGCUCUUCUCUCAGCCAAAGCGGUGGAGACAGCCGUGGAUCUCUUCGAGUCCACGACAACAUUUGACGUGCCAUCGGGGCAGAAAGGGGCGGAGAUAUUCGAUCUCCAGGUCGACAUUACUCGCCAAACAGUGGAAUCAUGGCGACUUGAGGACUGGGUACAGAAUGUCUCGAACCCACGAAUGACCCCCGUAACGCUCAGCCAGAAGGAGCGCAGCAAGAUCCGCCAGGCUGUAGAAACCUCACUUACGUCUGCUGCCUCCCUCGGGAGACAAAUCGGAGGCCUCCCAGCCACCGUGGGACCAAGCGAGACCGCCACCCUCACACGAAAUAUCGGCGAGUCUACUGGCCGCCUUGGCGAUUCCUCUCUCUACCUGCUGGGUGAUCCGGAAAGCACUCUGGAGGUGUCAGGGAGGUAAGACGCAAAGAGGCUGCAUUCGCGAAAGCUGUAAAGAUGAUGUGUCAUUGAUUGCAGCAAGCUGGACUGUCAGAUGGCGCUGCGGGUGGUGAAUACCUCAUCAAGACUUGCUCUUAACAUCUCGGGCACGAAUGUCUCAGUCGCGGUACCAAAUGUGACGAUCCCAGUCCCAAGCGCAAAAUCAUCACGCCGCCUCCGGCGACAUCUUCAAGCAAGCCAGCCUCCCCAAUGCGCGAGUCAGCUUUCAACUCCCUCAGGGCAGUUAAUUUGGUGGCGAGAUGGUCUGUACUCGGGCGGCAGACAGGACGACACAGCGGCGGUCGACGCGACGGUCGAGAGCAUGCUGAACAAGCCACAGAGGGAGCUGGAGACAAGCGCUUGGGAGGGCAAGGGCGGCACCCUCACGGCCGCGGUGAGAUGCAUAGGCAGAUUCACCAAAGGCCCGCACCUCCAGUGUCUCACCGUAUGCAGGCGAGAUAUUGCGACGAAGAGGUCCCGUUGCAGCUGCAGAGGACGGAAGAGCCUAUUGUUUUGCACAUUCCCAGACCUAACUCCGACAGCAACAGCCGCCAGGGCACUUUUGGCGAUGAGUACGGGGUUGUGAAGAUCAACGGGCGGCUGGAGGUGAUGAACACGACCCAGGCAAUGAAGCACGGGCGUCCAUUCAUCAUCACGACGCAGCUCGCAUGUGGGUACUUCGACUAUGCAACACAGCAAUGGAGCACGGCAGGUACAGACGGUCAGACGGGGAGCAGCGGUAUCUCUACUUUUUACCAUCGUCGUGUCUCUGCUUCCAGGCUGUUAUCAGAACACCUCCCUGACAACCGCCGACACAAUCGUUUGCGAGUGCUAUCACCUAUCAGACUUCAGCGUCGUGUUCAGGUCCACCUCACCCCACAAAUGCAGGCAGAAAUGAGUGGCUCCCGCAUGUUUGGCCUUCUGUGCAGUACGGUAAUUAGGGACAGCAGCUUCGCCAGCGUCAUUGCUGAAUCACAGGAGGCGCUUAAGCGACUGGCAGAUACCCGCGAGUGGGAGAAGAAUGUGGCUGCACGAUUCAUCCUUUUCGAGGUAGCGAUCAUGCUGCUCUUCCUCGUCCUGGCUGUCUGGUGGGACCGCACGCACAAGUGAGCAAAGCUCAGCCAGCGGAGGCAUCUUGCACAAUCUCCAGAUGUUGUCAAAAUGUGAACGUGCAGGAUGUCAGACGAUGAUCUGAUGGACAUGUGGAUGACCGACCCCCUUCUGGACAGCAGGUUCGCUUGCAUCUCGCUACACCUCCCUUUGACACGUUUUGUUGUCGAUUCAGGUUCCGCAUGGACCAGUAUAUGAGGCGGCAACGAAAGCGAUGGCUCGGGCCAGUCUAUCGGUGUUGUGGGGCCUGCUGGGACGGCCUUGCAUGUCGCUUUUGCCAAGCCGUGUGCAACCGCCUGUCGGGCCGGCAGCCGACACUGCACCUCACAGAAUUGAGAGCGAUCAGAAGAAUGAGGCAGCAGAUUGUCUUCAGCUUGCGGAAGGGCGAUGACCUCCGGAGGGUCGCGGAUGGGUACGGCAAGUUGCACGAUAGCAAGGACGGGGAAGUCCUUGACGCACUCGCAGCUGCAUCACUGUAUCGCGGCGAACAAGACGACCUGCUGCCCAUCGGCAGCAGCAAGAGCGCCAAGUGAGUGUCAGAUUCAGCGAGUCGAGCUGAGCGAUUUCCCAUUGUGUCUCUUGGCCUCGUCAGAUGGAGGGCCACCCCACGCAAGGCGUCGUCCAUGCUGCCAAAGAGCCGUCGCUCCAUCAUUUUCAACCUCAAAUCAAGUGUGCCCAGCCUUCCAGAGCUGGUCUUCAACCAGUUCCACGACCACCUGGAGCGCAACAGACUACUCGCGCCGCCGGCAGCCGACCCCAAGAAGGACGACGACAACGCCAUGAUGUCUCCCGCCACACGCAGUGUGGUCCGUUCACCGCCACAGUCGGGCAGUGACGAGGCUGCUGCAGAGCAGUCGCCGCGAAGGAGGGUCAGGCGGAGCCAUGACGAGAUCCAGGCUGACACUAGCGAGGGAGAGGGUAUCGAUACUGACCUGUCCCCCACACACACUGCGGAGGCCGAGCCGGAGGUGUACAGGGGGGACGCUGUCGAGCAAACCCAAAGGCGUGAGUGGGUGGAGGCGGAUGCCCAGCUGCCGGCAAGGGAGCACAAGAUCUCCGACAGAUUCCCGCUGCUUCGGUGUUGUCGCAGGGAGGGACGUGUCGACCUUAUCAGGUGCCCCUAGCCUCUUCCAGACAGAGGAAGAGUGUUCAUACGUCUCGCUCCACUUCUAUGCAGUACCGGUGUCCUUCGCGAGGCGAUACGUAGCCGGCUCUUGCUGCAGGUCCAAAGGCAGCAGGCCGCAGCCGUCUUGAUUCAACGAUGGUGGAGCAAGGUUCUUGCGGCUCGCCCGGUAAGGCAGCACCCCACAUUCCUGUCCGGGCGCGGGUCCGUUGCCCGAUCGGAGGCUGACUCCACUCUCUCCGACGGGGAUCGCUUCUCCGCCUGGAAGACCCUUAGCCGGAGAUACAUUGAAGACAUGGGUAUGAGACACCCACGGCUGAGCACCCUUUGACCUCUGUGUGUGCGCUGCCUGCAGCUGCGCGCCGGGGCUCAGUGAUGUCUAUCUAUGAGUCGGAGGCCACCGGCAGAACUGGUACUGGCAGGAGUGCGGCCUUCUCGCCCGCAUUUCCCGAGUCCCGGGGCGGCCGCCGCACGUCUCUUCAUCUGAGCGUUAGCUCCGUGCCGUACAGGUCUGGGGAGGCCACGCCCGCCUCCAUGGCAGCAGCCACGCCCCAGUCACAGGGCUGCCCACCGUCAGCUGGAGACACGGACGAUCUGCACGGCGAGGAUGCCGGGGAGGCAGUUGUUGGCGACACUGAUGAGCUCCCUCGUGCGCCGAUGCACAACCUCUACCCCCCCAGGCAGGAGGAGUCGGCAACAGACCAUGACGAUAGUCCGAAUGACGCCAUCGAGGUUGAAAGCAGGGUCGAGCGAGGCACAACGGCCGCCGAGACCCGGAGGGUGGGCUUCGAGGAAAUCGGGGACGAAUCGCCUUCUUCGCUGUCGGGCUCGACAGAUGACGCAGGCAAGACAGGGCAGGGCAGGGAGGUGCUGUCUAGGGGGACCCCACGUGUACAAAGGAGGAAGAGUGCCGUUGAGCUGUGGGAGGAGGUGCGACAGACAGACAGACAGACAGACGAGGCAGAUGAAUGAAGAGACAGACAGGAAAGCACACAUUACAUACCGCCGUUCCUCAGGUCAACAUUGAGGUAGACAUGAUCACGGAGCGGACGAUGCGGCGCCUCGAGUAUGUAUAUCAUACACUCGAGCACAUUGGCGGCAUCCCUCCUCUCCGAGGCACCAUGCAUCAUCAUGUUUGUUUGACCUGACUAGGUAUAUUGAAUGGCCGAGAGGGAGGCUCUUCCAGCAGGUGCUCCGACGAGACCACCCCCUUCUGAGCAUUUUCAUUCUCAAUCCCGUCCUCACUGGUAAACGGCGGACGAGAAACACGCCCAGCACCUAGCUAGACCUUGUUGGGCCUCUUCUUCUGCAUGUGCACAGCUGUUCAAAGGACGUUGGUCUUCGGUGGUAUCCUGUUGGGUUUGGUGAUGGUAUCUGCGGCCUUUUAUCGCUACGGCGGUGCCGAUAAGACGGAGGAGGAGGUGCUCUUCGAGAUGCAUCUCGGGAGGAGCGUCAGCUGGCCCAUCACCGUCAGGCAGCUGGCCGUCUUCGUCUGGGCAGUGUUCAUCAGCAAACCGGUAAGCCAGUGUGUUAUAUCCGUGGUUCCACAACGGAUGUGUGUGUGUGUGUGCGUGUGUGUGUGCGUACAGGUGCCAAUCAUCAUGUACAUGUUAUUCCGCAAGGGGACGCCUGUCAUAGCUCCCGCAGUCAAGCGGGGUCAGGGCAGUGGCGACCCGUCCUACUUCGCUGACGGCCAGCCUGGGAGUGAGGCCACCCCACCCGGCCCGGCCACACUAACCCAGCGAUUCUUCCAGUCGUUUCGGCCAGCACCAGCCUUCCACAAAGCCACCCACAAAGCGGCAGUCGAGGAGCUCUACAUCAGGGAGAAGCGGAGACGCCCUACGGACCUCCACUAUUACACCGAGUCGGCGUUUCGGCACUCCGACAUUUUCCCACUAGAAAAGGUGAGAGAGAGACACAUCCUCCUCGUGUCCCCUGUUCCACGUCUGCCCUUGUGUGUCUGUGUGUGCGCAGAAGCUUAAACGAAUUGAGAUCUGGCGGCGUCGGGAGACAGUGGGCUACACGCUGGCCUUUGCGUGGUGGGCGUGGUGCAUCUACUUCAUCGUCGCCUUUGUCUUCUCCUCCCGACUGGCGGAAAUGGGCGAGGACGAAGUGGCGACGCCGGAGCCGAUUUACCGGGACUUCAUGGUCACCGCCCUCAUCGAUUUGAUCGGGCACCUGCUGCUGCAGCCCAUCCUUCACUUUCUGGUCGUCGCGUGCCUCGUGGGCAGUGUCAUUAAGACCGGCCUGCUGGACGGCUUCAUUGCCGCGUUCCCCAGGUACCUCGACUUCAGCUUCGCUGGGGCGCGUUCCAUCCACGAGCUGACCAUCCAGCUGCAUGUGAUAAUGGAUACACACAUCAUUGGAUGGGGUCAGUGAGCACACACACAGGGAGGGGAGGGGAGAGGAGACAUGGCGGCUGUCCAUCCAUCUCUGUGUGUCUGUCUGUCUGUCUAUCGGUGUGUGUAGGUCUGUUGGGCUUUGCUGGGCUGUCUGUGGACCCCUUUCAGGCAACGGGGGACCUGCUGGAUUUGGGUGCUGCCGGCCACCUGAUUCCUGGGCUUUGAGCGGUUGGUCAUUUGGUCACUUGGUCAGUGUGUUCUGUAGCUACGGAGGAGUCUGUGUCUCUCUCUUUCCUUCAUAUGGGCAGUGUGUGUUGGAUGUGUG